UCUAACUCUUCCACUUUCUCUGUCCCUCCUCCUUUUUGUUAUUGUGUUGUACUUCCAUCUCUUUCUUCACUAAACUGAACCUUUAAUAACUGGUCAAUGCUACAUGGUCAUAAAUGUUGUUGGUCAUUAAUAUGCUUGUGUACUUUUGUAAGACGAGCAACGCUGAGUUUUUCAAGCUGCACACAGGACAAUACAUAUUACAUUUGAGUCAUUAAUUUAAAUGCAUGCUGUGAUCAUAUUGUUGUGUGUCUGUGUUCAUAUUCUGUAUUGGUAUAUCAACCUCCCUUUCUGUGUUCUCUUUCACAGUAAAUGUGGCAGUGCAAGGGAUGUGAAUCAGCUGUUCAAAGUAGGUCUGAUCUACUUGCUCAUUACAAACUCCACCAUCCCCACUUUGGCCGCACCACAAACUACCCCUGCACAUAUACAGAUUGUCCCUGUACUUUUAAAACGUGGAACGCUCUGAUUGUUCACCAGAGUAGAGUGCACGGCACACAAUUAGGCCAGACCUUAGAUCAGUUAAACACCUUCUCGUGUCAUCUAUGUAGCUGUUCCAAUUUGCCAAACGAAAGGGAGUACUUCAUUCAUGUCAACACACAUCUGAGGAAAAAUGAAGUUGUGUCUUGCAUGUUCACUGGCUGUACUUUUCAAACAAGUGUUUAUGGCACAUUUAAGUCUCACAAAAGUCGCCUCCAUAAUCCACAUACCCUAGCUGAUUUUAGACCUGAAAUUGUUAGGAGAACUGCUGUACCCUUACCUCCAUCGUCAUCUGAUUUGGGUGUUACAGAGGGUGUAGAAGAGGAUUUACCACCUGUAGAACAAGCGGUCCCUCACAGUCCAGUUCCAAAUACACUUCAGAAGGAGCUUGCUGCAGCAUUACUGAAAUUGGAACAUUUGGUGCUUGUGCCAGGUACAGCAAUUGAUGAUUUUUUACAGAACCUCCACUUCUUACUGACCACUGCAUCAGCAUCUCUUUUCCGUGGUUCAUUAAAUGCAAUACUUGAAAGUCACAACCUACAGAUUGAUGACUCAGUGGUAACUGAAAUAGUUACUGCAGCAAUAUCUAGCCCAGUUCAUCAAGCCAUUGAAAAGGGUGGCUCACUCAGUACCACUUACCAACGUAAAGUGUUUUACAAGAAAGAAUUUGAUGUUGUGGAACCAGUUACUUACACUCUAGACCACAAGAAAAAACGUACUUUUCAAUACGUUCCCCUACUGAAGUCUUUGCAGAACACCCUAAACUGCCAAGCGAUUCUUGAUAAAGUCAUUGACAACCAUAGAGGUCAGCAGGAAUCUCAGCUAGAACCUUUGUUUGAAUUAAGGGCUCCUGAAGAUGGUGUAUAUUUCAGGAGUAAUGCUUUUUUGAAUUCAGAUGAACUGAGAUUGUCAUUGCGCCUCUUCGUAGAUGACUAUGAAACCUGCAAUGUUCUUGGGACAUCUAGAAACAAACACAAGCUUUGUGGAAUUUACUGGGUUUUAGGAAACCUACCACCUGGUUCCCACUCAUCAUUAUCGUCAAUUUUCCUUACAGUGCUUUGCAAAAGUGUUGAUAUCAAAACAUACGGGUUUAACAAAGUGUUAGAACCUCUCCUGCGUGAUGUGAAAGUGCUGGAAGACUUUGGUGUGUAUGUACCUCUUCUAGGAAAGUGUCUUAAAGGCACAGUGCAUUGUGUUGUGGCAGACAACUUGGGUGCCCACGGCAUUGCCGGUUUUGUGGAGAAUUUUUCAGGCGAAUAUUGUUGUCGGUUUUGUACAGCAAAACGUGCUGAAACGCAAUCCGUCCCUUUCACAUCUGGAACUUUUAGCCUCAGAACGAAAGACAGUUACGCUUCUCAUGUUAAAACUGCUCUUGAGACUAAUGUGCACUGCUGCGGAGUGAAACGGGAGUGUUUUUUGACAAAAUCCCUAUCUUUUUUUCAUGUUGUCUCUGGAUAUCCUCCAGAUGCUGCCCACGACCUUCUUGAAGGGAUUGUUCCUGUCGAGCUUGCAUACUGCUUGGGGUCAAUGAUAUCAAAGAAGCUUUUCACACUGCACGAUUUGAAUCAAGCCAUAUUGUCUUUCCCUUAUAAGUGGUCAGAUAAAACGAACAAACCCCAUGCACUGCCACAGAACAUCACUGCUCGUAAAACUAUCGGUGGAAAUGUUCACGAGAAUUGGUGCCUUAUAAGGCUGCUGCCAUUUUUGAUCGGCUCAGUUGUUCCAAAUGAUGAGCCUGCAUGGCUUGUGUUAAUGGACCUCAAAGACAUCGUCGAGCUUGUUUUUGGCCCAGUGCACACAGACGAAUCGAUUUCGUAUCUCCAGAGCAAAAUAAUUGAGCACAGGACCAGAUACAAGGCAUUGUUCCCUGACGUUCAACUCCUCCCCAAGCACCAUCUAGUGGAGCAUUAUCCUGUCUUGAUUAGGAAUUUUGGCCCUCUAGGUACACUCUGGACACUUCGAUUUGAAUCGAAGCAUAGUUUCUUUAAGCGUGUUGUGAAGCACACAAAUUGCUUUAAGAAUGUACCACUGACUUUGGCCUCGAAACACCAAUUUAUGCUGGCUUUCCACAUGACCUCCCCCUCAUACGGCAAAUCAACCCUUGAUGUACCCCAUGUGUCCACUGUACCAGUCAGUGUCCUGAAGGAGGACGUGGCACAGGCUUUUCUGGCAAAAUUUCCCAAUGCAUCUGUGGUCCGCCUUACCAAAAGGGCAUGCAGUAGUGGCAUACACUAUGAGAAAGGGAUGAUUGUGACUUAUGGAUCAAUCAGUGGAUUGACUGAAUUUGCUGAAGUCAUUGAGAUGUGUGUUGAAAAUGAAGAGCUGCUCCUCUUUGUGAAAUUACUUUGCGGGUGGUACAAUGACCAUUACAGAGCCUUUGAGCUGAGUCUGUCACCAGCAAGAGAAUUAAAGCUUGUGGCCAUCACUGACCUCUGUGACCCAUAUCCGUUGGCUGAUUACUUUGUUGGAUCAAAUCGCAUGGUUACUUUGAAAAGACAUAUCCUCAUUAAAGACUGAACACCAUGAGUUCUCCAGCGCUUUUGAGAAUUGUUCUAGCAGACGACACAUGCCAAAGAUUGACGUUCCCAGAAGGACUUCCUGCAGCAAUAGAGGACCUGGUUUGUGAAGUCAGGAGCCAAUGUGGUCUAACAUCCAAUUUCAGACUGCAGUUCAUGGACCCGCUGUUUGGAAAUGUCUACAUGAACCUCACUUCUAUGAAUGAAGUCCAAGAUCGAGGGACCAUUAGAAUUGUUCCAGAGUCAGUCACAGGCGUGAAUGCUAGUAGCUCCACCAUGUCCACUGCAGCCGGGCCCUCCACCUCAUCCCCAUCACCAACGCUCAGCAGUGCUGAUACAGAUGUACUGUCCUCAACAGAUUCCGAGCCUUCUGGGUCUAGGUCCCUUUGGCCUCAAACCUUCCACUGCCCUAUGUUCACAUAUGACGCUGAAUUGAAACUGAGGAAGGCUAAUGCAGCAUACAAGGAAAAUCGCACUCUGCUUUGUGCAGAUACAGACCCAAAACUCAAGUCAGACAUUCUCCAUGGACUAACCCAGGAAAUGGUGAAGUAUGGUCUUUACGCCUCUGACAGGAAGUUUAGCAUGGUUGGGAAAGCGCUGAUUUCCAAGCACCCAUGCCUAGCUGAAGAACACUCGUUCACUGGAUAUGAAGGGUGGAAAAGUAGCCUGAAGAAUAAAUUGGGACUGUACCGUACUCGUUUGAGGAAGCUGGGAUGUCCGGAGGUGAUGAUAAACUCUGUUCAGCGGACAGCAGGGGUCAAAACAAGUCCUGCUCUUGGCAUUAAAAAACCGAAGAGGUCUGAGGUCAACUACUGCCCUGCCUACCCUACAGGGGAAGAUGAUCUGUCCCUUGAGAAACUUCGAUUGGAGCUGAAGUCUGAUGUCCAGAGGAGACAUAGCAGAGAGAUCAGGAUGAAAAUGGAGAAGACCUUUGCUUAUCGGAGACAAGAAGUCGUUCGCAGUGCACCCAUGAUCCAUGAGGUUCAGGAGAGAUGGCCAGCCCUCUUUGAUGUACAGGAGAUCAACGCUGAAUUCAGACGGAUCACGACAAUAGCCUUACAAUCCAGAUUUCUCUCUCAGUUAGACAUUCUGUCUGACAGCCUUGUGAAUCUUUUCAAGAAAAGAACAGGCCAGAUCGGCACUCAUCUUAAGACUGUAAUGUCACCAAUUACUCAGGAUGUUGAUGCUGCUGAUGCUGACCAUGUUGAUGUUGUCCGGGAAUGCCUGCUUAAAGGGUUGUGCAUCUACCUCAAUGAAGACCCAAGCAACCUCAUUCGAGAACUUGUGGAAGAUGAUGAUGGCCAGAUUCAGAGAGCCUUGGAAGAAACAACUCUGGGGAUUCUGGUUGUGAAGCGCUGCCCCUCAGAGCAUCCUGAGAUUGGGAUCAUCCUAGAGGGACAACAGGUACUCGGGGAACUGGACAAUGUGCCUUUAGCAGCAGCUCUGCUAUUUGGGCUGAUAUAUGCUCUGAAUCUCGAUUACCCAUCAGAGCUCAAAUAUACAUUUGAGGUUCUGCAAAAGAUCAUCAUGGAGCUAGAGGGCACGACCAUGUCGAAAAAAUGCCAGGCCCUGCAAAACAAACUCCGUGAUUAACGGGUCUUUCCUCCCAUUUGCAGCUGCAAUGUAUGCAGAGUCCAGACUGUCAAACCCAGUUCUAUUCACGUUCUGUAU